AUGCUCAAAUUCUCGAUCGACGUUCUUUUGGCGUCGCCACCAACACACCAAGCGUCGCCAAUUUUUCGCAACGUUUGGAGCGACGCACCAACGCGUACACCAAGUGAAGCAGGUAGUUGCGAGGAGGUGCGAAAAUUCAAUUGCGAGGUUUGCGGCAAACAAUUCAACGCACAUUAUAAUUUGACGAGGCAUAUGCCGGUGCACACCGGCGAGAGGCCCUUCGUUUGCAAGAUUUGCGGGAAAGCGUUUCGUCAAGCUUCAACUCUUUGCCGCCACAAGAUCAUUCAUACAGACAAUAAGCCGCACAAGUGUAAAAUAUGCGGCAAGUGCUUCAAUCGCUCGUCGACUUUAAAUACCCACACAAGGAUUCAUCAAGGCUAUAAACCAUAUGUGUGUGAAAUUUGUGGAAAAGGAUUUCAUCAAAAUGGCAACUACAAAAAUCAUCGAUUAACACACGAGGAAUAUAAACAAUUCAAAUGUCAUAUUUGUGAAAAGGCGUUCCAUCAAUCAUACAAUCUCGCAUUUCACAUGUUCACCCACGACAAGCACAAACCGUUCACGUGCGCCGUCUGCUCGAAAGGAUUCUGCCGCAAUUUCGAUUUGAAGAAACACCAUCGAAAAAUGCACGCCUAA